UUAAUAUCGUUUGUAUGAAAUAUACAGUAAUGCAGUAUGUAGUUUUUGUAACCGAUCGAAUUGCGUAGACGAGUGCAUGAAAGUCCAGUGGAAGUAGCUUUGGUCACUAGAGGAGAAGCCAGAUAAAAUUAUAUAUACAUAUGUAUGUAUUUAUUAACGAUGAGUUGUUUAUAUUGACGUAGAAUUAGAAUAUGUGUCUGAGCAAGAAACUGGCACUAUUCUCUUGAAAUUUUGACACUGGUCGAUAGAUGAGACGGACGAUGAUGCUGUAUGAUUAGCUGGGAGAAUCUUCAUUUAAAACAAGUUAUUUUGCAUAUUCAGAUUUUGUGAGUUUUAUAGAUUUUGUUAAAUGUUUUUACGUUUCGUCUCAAUUUUCAUAUCUUCAAUAUAAGAAGCGAUCAAUUUUGAGAUUCCACACUAUUCGCGAAAUAACUACAGUUGUGUAAAGUAGUAAAGACAAUACGAUACGACAAGUAUUUUAUUUUAUAUUUUCAAAUAGGCUUUUGCAGCAAAUAGCGAGAUGAAAUUAAGAAUUUUUACCGUUUUCUUGUUGGCGCUAGCAACCCCAAUUCUUGCUGAAAAUAUCUUCAAGAUUAAUAUUUCACCAGAGGAAGCCCAACAAUUUCUGAACAGUGCAAAUCUUCGAGGUCUAGACAAUAUUGACUACGCUCCUAAGACAAGUGAAAACGAGCUGCCAGAAUCUCGCAAUGAAAAAGGUGAGUUCGUAUACAUGGGUCGUGUGAUAGAUCACCCUGAGGAAUAUGUGGAAGAACAUUAUGACGCUCACCAAUAUCAUGGACAGGACGGAUUAGGCCAAUAUGUGUAUGGUUAUCGUGAUUGGAAUCAGGGCAAGAAUGAAAAGAAGGACGAAUCAGGCACAGUAAGUGGUUCAUAUAAGUAUGUCCAACCCACUGGUCGAGAUUUUGUGGCCAAAUACUACGCGGAUCGUACAGGAUUUCAUGUCGACGAUAACCGACCAGCCUAUUUGAAGGAGCCUGCCACCAAGACACCGGCAGUUCGCAAAGCAGAGGAAGAGCAUUUCAAACUGUGGGGUGAAUUAGCAGCUGCCAACGGUAACAACCCUGAUCCAUUUGCUCCUGAAUAUCAACAGCAACGCAAUGAACCUGCGGAAUCGGAAUACAAGGAAUAUGUUCAUCAAGAACCACCCUAUGUUCCUGGACCUGAGGAAACUGGUCCUCCACAAGGCUUCUUCUACGCUUUUGACUAUAAUGUACCCCUAUUGCGAAACAAGAAGGAACGCGAAGAGUUGGAGCAUCUCCGAGCGGAAAAUAAUAAUAAUGAGUGACAUAUAAGUUUAUUUAAUAUAAUCGAUAUACAAUCAAUUGUCUUUUAUAUUAUUCAUUCAUUUAGUUGACUUUAAAAGUAUGUGCAAUGAAAACGCUAAACUAAACUGAAAUGAGAAGCUUGUCUUAUAAAAAUAUAAUUGUGAAUUACGUUUCGUUGUUAAUUCAGUAAUAAAAAAAGAAAAGAAUAAUGUCCUCAUAACAAUUUUUACCAUAAGUGCUACAUAGAUAUAUAGGUUAUUAUUCAUAAUUACCAUCUAAAAUAUUAUAUAACCUUUUUGAAUGUGUUGAAAACAUGUAUUUAUGCAACCGAAAUGUUUAGAACAAAAAGUAAAAUAAAUUUAUUGUUCCGCGAAAAGAUGAAUAUCAAUUUCGAAGUAA